AUGCUCGGAUACGUUCAAUACGUGGUGGAUCUUUUGUUCGUCUACAAAUACGGGAGACAACGCUGUUUGGACUAUUACAAUACUUUUGAGAACAUCGACAGAGUUAUCGGAAUGCCGUAUUACAACGAAAUCAAGAGAAGCGUCACAAAAAUAUGCUUCUUCUUUAUUCUCAUCGGCUCCGUAUACUUUAUCAGCGAUUACACUGCUUUGGUUCUACUGUACGGAUGGUUCAUAUCCGCGGUCCACAGUAUCGACUACAUCUAUACGGUUAUCAAAAUACUCUCGGCGCUCGAUGGUAUAGCUCACUUUAUCCAAGUAAAGUUUCGCCUUAAGAGAAUCGGAGACGUACUUCAAGAUUAUUAUAAUUCUGUUGCAUCCUUACCUGGAAUGAGGAAAGAUGUUAUUAGCAAAACCGAUUCGACUACUACUGUUUGUUUGUCCAAUCGUUGGAAGUUGGAAUUGUUAGACACGAUUGGUUACAGCCGUACUAAAACUAUCUUACGUCUCAGCAAAUGCUACUUGCUGUUGCUCGAACAAUGUGAUUAUGUUAAUGGAAUGUUUGGAUUUAGGGUCCCUUUUCACAAGUCUAAUCUCUUUACAAUAUUGUUAUCAACGGCUAUGAAAGUCGUAAACUAUAGUUCAAUACUACUGUGCGGUAUUCAUUGUUGCGAGCGAACAUACAAACAGACGGACAGGAUUCUCCGAUGUAUUGAUCAUUUGAUGGCAAACAAGAUAAUUUCACCGGAAUCCCAUGAGGCUCUGAAGGAACUCCGUGAGCUCGUCAUCUCCCGCCCCGUCCGCUUCAACGCCGUGCACUUCUACACGCUGGACUACGCCACCAUGCUGGCCAUGGCGUCCGCCAUCGUCACCUACACCAUCAUACUGCUGCAGAAUAUGCAAUGAGCUGCCACUAUUGUUAUAAAGUCACAGCCUGCUCUCUACAUCUAAGAGGACGUUGCAUUUUAUAGAAGCUUAAAUGUGUCAGUGUCAGCUUACGCACAUUCUUGAGAGAUCCUGAUUAAAAGUAAUGUACCUACCUAC